ACUCACUACUUCUACUCUUUGCUCCCUUUGUUUAUAUAUUCAUCUUUUCUUUCAAAAUCUCAAUCCUCCUAGGCCUUCUUUUUUGCUUGAUUCCCAAAUGGCCAGUGUUGAGGUUCAACAAACUGCAACAACAUUGCCAGAGAAUGAGACACCAGAAGUGAUCAAAACAGAGGAGACUCCCAAAGCAGAGCCAGUUGCUGAAGCACCAGCUGCCGUUAAGCCAGUUGAAACAGAACUAAUUGAAAAAACCCCAGAAGUGCCAGCUGCGAAGGAGGCUGAGGCCCCUGAAGCUUCAGUGGAAAUUGAAAGAAAGGAUGUUGUAGAAGAAGCCAAGGUUGAGGAGGAAGAGGAGCCAACUGUAGAGGAGACAGAGGAAGAGGCUCCAGAGGUGAAGCCUACAGAAGUAGAACCAGUUGCUCAGGGGACCAAGGAGGAGACAACUGAGGCUGCUGUGGAGGAGAAGGAGCCAGAGGAGGAAACGAAGACAGUGGAAGCAGAAGGUGGUGUAGAAAUUCCUGUUGAGAAGCCUGAGGAGUAAAAGAGACUAGACAAGGUGUCAAAUGUGGCUAGCCUAUUUCAGCUUCUAUAUUUUUAUAUUAUUGCUAUUUUUUUUUUCUUAUCUAUAUUAUGAUAAAGAUAUGAAUGGGGUUUUCCAUAUUUCAUGUUUGGAAGCUAGGGUUUGAUUUUUAAGCACUCGGGUCCUCGAGGUGGAGGAAAUUCAGGGUUUUAUGUACGGGGGAAGUUAUGAAUGUUUGGGUUCGAAGAGGAUCAAAGAUGAGUUCGCUUUGGUGUGAUGAGCCUUGAGGACUAUAUAUGUCUUUGUGUUUCAAUAAUAAAAUACUUUUAUAUUU